AGUUAGCAAAGUGUAUUGUCGUCUGUUUUCUGUUGCUUGAAAAUUUAUAAAAGUGCUUUUAUUGAGAAUAUAAUUUUAGAUUUAAACCGAUAAAAAUGAGUAAAAAUACAAAGAAGCAGCCUUAUCCGUGGUUUUUAGCACUGAAACACGAAAUGAAAGAUCCCGACAAAAUUAUCGAAUCUGAUGAUAGAAUUGUCAUAAUUAAAGACAAUUAUCCCAAAGCCAAUUAUCAUUUUUUAGUCCUACCAAAAGAAGAUAUAAAAAAUUUAAAUGAAGUAACCAAAGAUCACUUAGACCUUUUAAAGCAUAUGGAUAGAAAAGGAAGAGAAUUUGCAGAAAGAAUUGCACCUGGUAGAAAAUUCAAAUUUGGAUAUCAUGCAGCUCCAAGUAUGUACCAGUUACAUCUUCAUAUUAUAAGCAAAGAUUUUGAUUCUCCAUUCAUGAAACACAAGAAACACUGGAAUUCAUUUACUACAAAAUUUUUCCUAAACUCUGAAAAUAUAAUUGGGCAACUUGAAAAAAAUGGAAAAUUGAAUUUAAUGAGUACAUUGCAGGCUAAAGAAUUAUUGAAAUCAUCAUUGAAGUGCCACAUAUGUAAAGAAGCUUUCUCCUUAUUUCCUAAGUUAAAAGAACAUGUUCAUUUUCAUGCAACAUCAGAUUCUUAGAUUGUUACAAAUGUAAUUUAUAUUCUCUUUAACAAUAAAAGGUGGUUUUUUCUUCUUAA